GGAGAGACGGUGGCUCUGAAGAAAGUGGCUCUGAGGCGGCUGGAGGACGGGAUCCCCAACCAGGCUCUGAGGGAGAUCAAGGCCCUGCAGGAGAUCGAGGACAACCAGCAUGUGGUGAAGCUGAAGGAGGUCUUCCCUCACGGGACGGGCUUCGUCCUGGUCUUUGACUUCAUGUUGUCUGACCUCUCUGAGGUCAUCAGGAGCUCCCAGCGACCUUUGACCCCGGCCCAGGUCAAAGGAUACAUGAUGAUGCUGCUGAGGGGCGUGGCCUAUCUGCAUUACAACGACAUCAUGCACCGAGACCUGAAGCCGGCUAACCUCCUCAUCAGCUCUUCAGGUCAUCUGAAGAUCGCAGACUUCGGUUUAGCCAGAUUGUUCAGUGAGCAAGAAGAGAGACUGUACAGUCACCAGGUGGCCACCAGGUGGUACAGAGCACCUGAACUGUUGUACGGAGCCAGGAAGUACGACGAGGGAGUCGAUCUGUGGGCGGUGGGCUGUAUCUUCGGUGAGCUUCUGAACUCGUCUCCUCUGUUUCCCGGAGAGAACGACAUCGAGCAGCUCUGCUGUGUCCUCAGAGUGCUGGGGACACCGACAGAGGACAGCUGGCCGGAGAUUGUGGAGUUACCAGAUUACAAUAAAAUCACCUUUAAGGAGAAUCCAGCGAUCCCAUUGGAGCAGAUCGUUCCUGACUCCUCCCCUCAGGCCGUCGACCUGCUCUACAACUUCCUGGUUUAUCCGUCCAAUCAGCGCUGCUCUGCCAGACAGGCUCUCCUCCAUCCCUUCUUCUUCUCCUCUCCUCUUCCUGCUCACCACUCAGAGCUGCCCAUCCCUCAGAGAGGAGGUCGACCCCCCCGCCAGAGGCUGCAGGCUCUGCCCACCGACUUCUCGGUGGACCUGCCCCUGCAGUGCAGCGUGGUAGACCCCAUACUGCUGCAAGGACACGCCUUCUGCCUCUGAACAACAACGGACCAACCGAUCGCAUUUAAAUAUUCAGUUCGAACAGGAAGUCGACCUUCAUGUGUUUCUGGUUGCUUUCAAAAUAAAACGUACAACAUGAAA